AUGGAACAGAGAAAGAUCUGGCCUCAGAUAUGGGACUCCGAUGGCUGGUCAGUGGCCUUGGUGUUUCUUUUCUUGGUUUCCUUUUCAAGAAAUGCUGCAAGCACUUCCAUUUACAAUACUUUUCAUUCUGAGAACCGUGACUGGACUUUCAAUCACUUGACUGUCCAUCGGGCCACCGGAGCAGUCUAUGUGGGAGCCAUCAAUCGGGUUUACAAGCUUUCUGGAAACUUGACCAUCUUGGUAGCUCACAAGACAGGACCAGAGGAAGACAACAAGUCUUGCUACCCACCACUCAUAGUGCAACCCUGCAGUGAGAUUCUGACUCUCACCAACAAUGUCAACAAGCUGCUGAUCAUUGACUACUCUGAAAAUAGGUUGUUAGCCUGUGGAAGCCUCUACCAGGGAGUAUGCAAACUUCUGCGACUGGAUGAUCUUUUCAUCCUGGUGGAACCGUCUCACAAAAAAGAGCACUAUCUUUCCAGCGUUAACCAGACUGGCACUAUGUAUGGAGUUAUAGUUCGUUCUGAGGGCGAGGAUGGGAAGCUAUUCAUUGGUACUGCAGUGGAUGGCAAGCAGGAUUACUUUCCCACUCUCUCCAGCCGCAAGCUGCCACGUGACCCAGAAUCAUCUGCUAUGUUGGAUUAUGAGCUCCACAGUGACUUUGUUUCAUCUCUCAUCAAAAUCCCCUCGGACACACUGGCCCUGGUCUCACACUUUGAUAUCUUCUACAUCUAUGGAUUUGCUAGUGGCAAUUUUGUCUAUUUUCUGACUGUCCAACCAGAGACACCCGAGGGAGUGUCUAUCAACUCAGCCAGUGAUCUCUUCUACACAUCUCGAAUUGUGCGUCUCUGCAAGGAUGACCCCAAGUUCCACUCUUAUGUAUCUCUGCCUUUUGGCUGUGUCAAGGGUGAUGUGGAAUAUCGACUCCUACAGGCUGCCUUCCUUUCUAAGCCAGGGGAGGUGCUGGCCAGGUCUCUCAAUAUCACUGGCCAGGAUGAUGUCCUUUUUGCCAUCUUCUCCAAAGGGCAGAAACAGUAUCACCAGCCCCCUGAUGACUCAGCUCUUUGCAUCUUCCCCAUCCGUGCAAUCAAUGCCCAAAUUAAGGACCGCCUGCAGUCUUGCUACCAGGGGGAAGGCAACCUGGAACUCAACUGGCUACUGGGGAAAGAUGUUCAGUGUACCAAGGCGCCAGUCCCAAUAGAUGAUAACUUCUGUGGGUUGGACAUUAACCAGCCACUUGGAGGCUCCGUACCAGUAGAGGGAGUGACUCUUUACACUUCCAGCAGAGAUCGGAUGACUUCUGUCACUUCCUAUGUCUACAAUGACUACAGUGUGGUGUUUGUGGGGACCAAGAGUGGCAAGUUGAAAAAGAUUCGAGCAGAUGGGCCUCCCCAUGGUGGUAUUCAGUAUGAAGUGGUGCCAAUUUUCAAGGACGGAAGUCCUAUCCUUCGUGACAUGGCCUUUUCCACAGAUCAUAAUUACCUCUAUGUGAUGUCAGAAAGACAGGUGUCCCAGGUUUCCGUUGAAUCCUGUGAACAGUACACAACCUGUGGAGAAUGUCUGAGCUCAGGAGACCCUCACUGCGGUUGGUGUGUUCUACACCAUACGUGUUCCCGGAGGGACAAAUGCGAGCGAGCAAAUGAACCAUACCGAUUUGCAGCCAGCAUCAACCAGUGUAUGAGUAUCAUUGUGCAGCCCAGCAGUAUUCCAGUUUCUGAGCACAGCCUUCCGCUCAGCUUGCUAGUGAGUGAUGCACCUGAUCUGUCAACUGGUAUCACCUGCGUAUUUGGAAACCUCACAGAAGUGGAGGGCCAAGUUUUGGGCAACCAGAUUGUAUGCAUCUCACCAGUAUCUAAGGAUGUCCCUGCCAUACCUGUGGACCAGGACUGGUUUGGGAUAGAGCUGCUGCUGAAAUCCAAAGAGACAGGCAAGAUGUUUGUCAGCACUGAGUUCAAGUUCUACAACUGCAGUGCCCACCAAUUGUGCCUCUCUUGUGUGAACAGUGCUUUUCGUUGCCACUGGUGUAAAUAUCGGAACCUCUGCACCCAUGAUCCCACAACGUGCUCAUUUCAAGAGGGGAGAAUCAAUGUUUCUGAGGAUUGCCCACAGCUGUUCCCUACAGAAGAGAUUUUGAUCCCUGUUGGUGAGGUGAAGCCCAUCACCUUGAAGGCCAGAAAUUUACCACAGCCUCAGUCUGGUCAGCGUGGCUAUGAGUGUGUCCUCAACAUCCAAGGCGUGAUUCAUCGUGUGCCUGCUCUUCGCUUCAACAGCUCAAGUGUCCAGUGCCAGAAUAGCUCAUAUCUCUAUGAUGGAAUGGACAUCAGUAACUUAGCAGUAGAUUUUGCUGUGGUUUGGAAUGGAAACUUCAUCAUCGACAACCCAGAGGAUUUGAAAGUUCACCUGUAUAAAUGUGCUGCCCAGCGCGAAAGCUGUGGGUUGUGCCUGAAAGCAGACCAGAAAUUUGAAUGUGGCUGGUGCACUGUAGAAGGGAGGUGCACUCUGCGUCAGCACUGCCCCUCUUCUAUUGGGGGAUGGGGAAGGUGGCUUGCCUGGGCAAGCAGGAAUGUUCGUUGCAUCAAUAACACUCUGCAUUCUAUUCUAACAGUGUCAGGUCCACCAGAAGGAGGAACACGAGUCACAAUUCGUGGUGUUAACCUGGGCUUGGAUUUCUCUGAGAUUACCCACAAUGUGCAUGUGGCUGGUGUGGAAUGUACACCGCUGGAGGAGCAGUAUAUAAUUGCUGAGCAAAUCGUGUGUGAGAUGGGACAGGCAGAGCCUGGAAUCAGUUCUGGGCCUGCUCUUCUCUGCAUUGGAGAAUGCAAGGCAGAAUUUGUGGCCAAGUCUGCACAGCAUUACACAUUUGUGAAUCCUACAGUGAGCUCCCUGAGUCCCAGCCGUGGGCCGGAGUCAGGAGGGACCAUGGUGACCAUCACUGGCCAUUUUCUUGGGGCUGGCAGCAGUGUGUCGGUGUUGCUUGGUAACCAGACCUGCGAGUUUUAUGGGAGGUCCAUGAAUGAAAUUGUGUGUGUCUCUGCCCCCUCUACUCAUGGCCUCGGCUCUGUUCAUGUCUCUGUUGCCGUGGAUCGGGCACAGUUAGAAAGCACCUUGCAGUUUGAAUACAUCGAUGACCCCAAAGUUCAACGCAUUGAUCCUGAAUGGAGCAUAGCCAGUGGCCACACACCUCUGACUAUCACAGGGACCAAUCUGGAUGUCAUUCAAGAGCCCAGGAUCCGAGUGAAGUACAAUGGCAAGGAGUCUGUCAAUGUCUGCAAAGUUGUAAACACAACCACCCUGACUUGUCUGGCUCCCUCCCUUACCCCAGAGUACCGUCCUGGUUUGGAUGCUGUUGAACGACCCGAUGAGUUUGGCUUCAUCUUUAACAAUGUUCAGCACUUACUAAUUUACAAUGAUACCAAGUUUAUCUACUAUCCAAACCCUACCUUUGAGCUCCUGAGUCCCACUGGUGUACUGGAGCAAAAGCCAGGGUCACCCAUUAUCCUCAAGGGUAAAAAUUUAUGCCCGCCUGCCUCUGGUGGAGCAAAGCUGAACUACACUGUUCUGAUUGGAGAGACUGCUUGUGCUGUCACUAUCUCAGAGACCCAGCUGCUGUGUGAGCCUCCAAAUCUCACUGGGCAACACAAAGUUAUGGUGCACGUAGGUGGCAUCAACUUCUCCCCUGGGUCAGUGAAUGUGAUCUCAGACAGCCUGUUGACUUUGCCAGCAAUUGUCAGCAUUGCAGCAGGAGGCAGCCUUCUCCUCAUCAUUGUCAUUAUUGUCCUUAUUGCCUACAAACGCAAGUCCCGUGAGAAUGACCUCACCCUCAAGAGGCUACAGAUGCAGAUGGACAACCUGGAGUCUCGGGUGGCCCUCGAAUGCAAAGAAGCUUUUGCAGAGCUGCAGACAGACAUCAAUGAGUUAACCAGUGACCUGGACCGCUCUGGGAUUCCAUACCUUGACUAUCGCACAUAUGCCAUGAGGGUCCUUUUCCCUGGCAUUGAGGACCACCCUGUCCUGCGUGAACUAGAGGUUCAAGGGAAUGGGCAGCAAAAUAUGCAGCGCAGUUUCUCCAUGAGGGACCGUGGCAAUGUUGCUUCACUCAUCAUGACAGGGCUUCAGGGAAAGCUAGAAUAUGCCACUGAUGUCUUGAAGCAGUUGCUUUCUGAUCUGAUUGAGAAGAACCUAGAGAACAAGAAUCACCCCAAGUUGCUCCUGCGCAGGACCGAGUCAGUGGCUGAGAAGAUGUUGACUAACUGGUUUGCUUUCCUCCUCCAUAAAUUCCUAAAGGAAUGUGCCGGGGAGCCACUCUUUAUGCUGUACUGUGCCAUCAAGCAACAGAUGGAGAAAGGCCCAAUCGACGCUAUUACCGGGGAGGCGCGUUAUUCCCUGAGUGAGGACAAGCUGAUCCGGCAGCAGAUUGAGUACAAAACUCUAAUAUUAAACUGUGUGAAUCCUGACAAUGAGAACAGUCCUGAGAUUCCUGUGAAGGUGCUCAACUGCGAUACCAUCACUCAGGUCAAAGAGAAGAUUCUGGAUGCAGUGUAUAAAAAUGUCCCAUACUCACAAAGACCUCGAGCUGUCGAUAUGGACUUAGAGUGGCGUCAGGGCCGAAUAGCACGUGUGGUCCUCCAGGAUGAAGAUAUCACCACCAAGAUUGAGGGUGACUGGAAGCGGUUAAACACCCUGAUUCAUUAUCAGGUGUCUGAUCGCUCUGUAGUGGCUCUUGUUCCCAAGCAAACCUCUUCCUACAACAUGCCUGCUUCUGCCAGUAUAUCAAGGACCUCAAUUAGCAGAUAUGAAAAAUCUCUAAAAUCGAGAAAUAUUAUGGGCAAAACAAGCGCAGACAAGACAGCAACCAAUCUGCUAGGGAAAAACAUACCAGACUACUUUAACAGAGCCAGCCAAUCUUCAAAUCUAGAGAUCAACGGUGAAGAAGAUCCCAACAAAAUGGCCGCAGAAGAACAAGGUACGCUAAACACAUCAGCAAUUCUGACUGAAGCGAAACUAGAGACCAUGUUGAACUCAUUAGAACAUAAAUUAUUUGAAAGCAUGUCGGCUCUGAUUAAACCCAUUAAUGAUCAAUUUGCGGAACUUCAAAUUGCCCUAACCACAGUAGCCCACACUGCAGAACAAGUGAAAGAAAUGGGCGCUGCACUUAAAGGAGAAGUAGGCUAUAUUGAAAACAAAAUUUGUGGUGUAAAAGACAGAGUAUUAACACUUGAGGCUGCCAGCCGUUGCCCCAACAUAAAAUUUCGGGGCUUCCCAGAUCCUUUGAAUAUCUCAGUAGAACUGUCGAUUUUUUAUUGCUGA